ACGGAGGAGAGUAGUUCUCAACCUUCAGGCAUAUCGGAAAUUUCGGACUAGUCCAGAAGUUUCCAAUUUUCAGCCAUAACGCCUAAUGACUGAAACCCUGGGUGCGUACCAACCAGCGGCGGAUGCUCGUGCGUCCACAAGCUCCACCCACCACUUCGCCUUACCUGCCAUACUCGAGUUCGAGGACGACAACGUGCCAGACCAGGUGGAACACUUCAACUACAAACAAGAGUUGAAUCGAAAGCUCACGGUCACCUCUAUUAUCGGACUCAGCUUUGCGCUUAUGGAUGUACCCUUCGGGGUGUCCUCAACUAUCCACAUCAGUGUCAUCAACGGGGGUAGUGUGACUAUGUUGUACGGGUGGGUUGUGGUUUCGGUAUUUUCCCUCUUUGUAUGCUUGUCACUUGCGGAAAUAUCUUCCAAGUUCCCCACCUCCGGUGGUAUCUACCACUUCAGCGCUUUGCUCGCAAGCCCACGGUACUCCCUUGCCGCCUCGUGGUUCAGCGGCUGGUUCCUCCUUUUGGGCAUGUGGACGUUGACCGUCAGCUACAUUUUCUGCGGUGCGCAGUUUGUGUUGUCAAUCUUAGGGAUGGGCAGCGAAGUGUACCAUAAGAAAAAUCCGUUGAUAACCCUUCUUGUGUACUACGUGGUGGUGAUCGUGUGUGGUAUCGUCAACUUAAAGCUCUCCAGAAAGUUGGACUUUAUCAGCAAGGCGUGCAUCCACUGGACGAUCUACACAGUGCUUAUCAUCGAUGUGCUUCUCUUGGUAUUUUCCACCUCCUUCAAUGAUUUGAUGCACAUUCUCACCAACUUUGACAACUCACUCUCCGGAGGCUACCACCCCGUGCUCUCGUUCCUCAUCGGCCUCCAGCCGGCAUCCUUUACCCUUCAGGGUUACGGUAUGAUCCCUGCCAUGGCCGAGGAGGUGGAAAACCCCAAAAGCGACAUUCCCCGGGGCUUGGUGUAUGCCGUUAUCAUUGCUGGCAUCACCGGGCUCAUUUUCAUCAUUCCCAUCUUGGCCAUCCUUCCUGAACUCACGGUCCUCCAAAAGAGCUCUCCUAACGACUUAUACCCCAUCGACCUCAUCUUCAAGCUUUCCACAAAGUCGCUUCUCAUCUCCAUCAUGUUUGUGGUGUUGUUGGUCGGCACGUCGCUUUUUGCCGGUAUCGGUUGCAUCACUACCGCGUCCAGAUGCACCUACGCCUUUGCUCGUGACAACGGUCUCCCAUUCCAGGAGUACUGGGUCCACGUGGCGAAGGAUAACGGUAUACUCAGAAGUGGAGAAGGCACCGAGCCUACACCAGACGAGGCCACCGUGCCCAAGAACGCCAUCUACCUUUCAAUGGCGGUCCCAAUCGUGUUUGGACUACUUUCACUCAUUUCGUCCUCUGCUUUCAACGCAUUUAUGGGCUCGGCUGUCAUUUCCUUGUCGAUUGCCAACGGUAUCCCCAUCCUUGCCUUGGUGAUCAACAAGCGCAAGAAGGUCAAGGGGGCUCCAUUCCGGUUGAAGUCAAUCUUGGGAUUCUUUGUCAACUACAUGUCGCUUUGCUGGAUAGUCUUGUCAUUUUUUGUGUUGUGCAUGCCAACCAGACUUCCAAUCACGGGGCGUUCAAUGAACUACAGCAUUGUGGUGAUUGUGGUGAUGUUUGUAUGCAUUCUCAUCUCGUACUAUGUCUGGGGAAAGAAGAACUUCCACGGACCGUUGAUGGAUAACGCCGACCAAUACUACAUUGAGUUGGAUACGCUCGGAAGUGACACCACCGGCAACGCGAAUGGUACUUCCCUGGAGGCUUCAAUGCCCAAAAGACAGAGUAAAAAUUCACCGAACCCCGCUGAUUUUGACUUGGGAAAUCCACCCAGCCCUACUGAUUUUGACUUAGGAGAGGGGGGUUCGACGAUGGAUGAGCACGACCUUCCACCGUAUGAACCUGAAGAAACCCUCCGGUCGUAAAGGCUAUAUAGGCCUUUGUAUUUUCUGCAUAUGGUUGGCUAGACCCAACCUUUUAAAUAGUAAGUAUACACGCGAUAGACACAUAUAUGAGUGACCGGAAAUAGGAAGUGACUAGAAGAUUUUUCCAUGAUUCCCCGCUAAAAUAGUCUACAAUCCGAACAGGAAAAGGUCCGGGCUAAUCAAAGGACGCGCAGGAAUGCCAUUGAUUAGCCGGACAUACGGUAAUGAAGUAGCUCACCUAGAGACGGAGUUACUCUAACACAGGAAUUUUUUUGGAGUGGGGUUGUGAAUCUUGAUCACGUUGGGGAUGAUGCCACGUUUUGUGAAACGGUCACUGAGUGUUCCUUAUUGUCGCUUUGCUAUAAUACAG